UGAUGAAAUACCUCGUUUUACAUUUCCUAAUGAUAAUAAUGAUACAUUAAUUAUUGAUCGUACAUAUUGGCAUACAAAUGAUUAUAUAUGUCAAAUAGAUAUACAAGAUCAUGAUCAAAUACCUAAUCAUACAUUAAUGCUUAUACAUGAUCUUGAUCAAUUAAAAAAUUAUGAUUAUUUAACUGAACAAAAACCAUCAUUUCAAUUUGAUUCACCAAAAUUUUAUCUUGAUAAUCAAGCUAAACUUUAUUUUAAUUCAACAAAUAGUACAACAUUAAAUGAAGGAGUUUAUUAUUUAGCAUUUAAAAUUAUUGAUGGUGAUAAUUAUUUUGAUGAAAAAUUAUUAAAAUUAAUUGUCGUUGAUAAUUAUGAUCGUGUUCAAACUAUUGUUAAAUUACAUGAUUAUCUCGGUUCACAUUUAAAUAAUCGUUUUUCAUAUUUACAAUAUCGUUCAAAUAAUAAUAAUAAUAAUAAUAAUAAUCAACAUUAUGCAUAUCAAACACGUCAUUCAUCAUCAUCUUUAUUAGAUCAAUCAAAUAAAUUUCUUGUUUUUAUUGUUAUUACUGUAUUAAGUAUAAUACUUAUUGGUAUAACAUUUAUAUUUAUAUCAUUAAUUCGACGAAAAUCAUUACAACAGAAAGAAUUAUUAAAAAAACAAGAUUCAUUAUCAACAUCAUCAACUCUACAACAACAACAACAAUCAGAUAGUUCAACAAUAAAUUUAUUUAAAUCAUCAACAUUAAAUAGUAAUGAUAAACGACAAAGUUUACGUGUUAGUAAUUGUUAUGAAUAUAAUGAUUUAUCAUCAUCACCAUCAUUACUUAUGUUAACGAAAGAAUCAAUAUUACCAACAUCACAUAUGAAUGAUAAUUGUUGUUUAUUAGAGAAAUUAAAUGAAAAAGAACUUUAUGAUGAACAAAGAAAUAAGGUUAUUUUCAUUUUAUAUUUACAAAGAAAAGAAAUUUAA